CCCCGCCUCCCUCUGCACUUCCUGGGUCGGCAGGUUGCCUUCACCAAAAUGUCGCUGUCCUGGACGUGGGUGUGCCGCGGUCCGGCUUUGGUGGUAUUGUACGGAAUUCAGUCUGUUGGGCUUAAGCGCGGCGCGUGCAGCCCCACGGUGCUCCGCAUAAAUGCGAGCUUGACCCUUUGCAAACACUACUCCUCCUCCAAAGCCAGGCUUGGACUGGCAGGCCGAGUGCUGUCCCGCCUCCAGUGGGCCAAUCAGAAGUAUGAGAAGUUUCUUCAGCGACGUUUUCCCCGCUUCUACAUUUUGUACCACACUUUUAUGACAGGGUUUCGGCUCCUCCUCAAAGAUGCCAAGGAGGUGAGAGUGAUAAAGACAAAAAUGAUCACUGGCAAAGUGCAGUUCCAUGAACUCUCCUACCGUGAGAUGGAGAAACUCAGACAGUUUCGACGAGACAUGAUAAAAGCCAUUCCCUUGGUGCUGAUCUCUAUCCCCCCCUUUGCCAACUACCUGGUAUUUGUCCUCAUGUACCUCUUCCCCCGGCAGCUCCUGAUUCGUCACUUCUGGACACCACAGCAGCAGGUGGAGUUUCAGGGGAUUUAUCAUGCCUGUCGGGCCCAGAAGUAUGCUUCUAUUCUGAAAGGCCUGAUGAAGGCAGUACCAGACAUCAAUGACCGGCAGCUACAGAGCAAGCUUCUGGAUCUGUGUAAUAAGGUCCAAAGUGGCACACACCCCCAUGUGCUGGAAAUCCAGUCGGUGCGAAGCCUUUUCUCUGGACUGCCCCUGGGUUUGAAGAGGCUCAGUGUAGAUCACAUGAGAUUGCUGUGUUCCUUGUUCUUCCUGACCUCCCACCUUCCAGCCUUCUUUAUCAGCCGCCGCCUGAACAGCCAUGCCUUGGAGCUCUUGCAGUUGGACCGCAGCCUCAGCAGACUCGGUGUGAACCAGCUGAAUGAGCCAGAGCUCCGGCAGGCAUGUUAUCUGCGGGGAGUCAACUCUGCCAAGCUCAGCACCAAUGAGUGCCAACGCUGGCUCCACCAGUGGAUUCAGCUUUCAUCCAAGCUCAAAGAGUCGGAAGCAUCUUUGUUGUUACACAGCAUGGUCCUGCUGUCUAGCAACUAUCCUAAGCCUUUAUGUCGUUGACUGAGGGAAAAGGAGGCUGCUUUUCCAUUCUCACUUCAAGGUCUCCAAUGCACUGAAAUCAUUGAAGGUUGGGGCACCGGUGACAGAGAAUGUACUAGGAAGGGAGCAGACAGUGGCAUUUAUUUAUUUAUUUUUUACACAAUAUACAUUUACAUUCUUGAUCUUAAAAAUAUUACACAGCUUUCAUUUAUUAAUGUCUGCUACAUGUCAUUCCAGAGCUAAGGUUUUGGAUUAUUACAAAUAGAGCAUUUUGGCACUGAAAAUGCUGUAGUGGACGUGUGGCUCCUUUGUGCUGUUGACUCUGAAGUCAGUCCUGUGGUCAGCAAAACAUGCAGUUCUUUGCUCUCAUCUUCCACAGGGGACAGAUUAAGAACGUGAUGUAAAAUGUCUUUUUACAGUUAUUCAGAGCAAAACGUCACUGACUUGUGUUACUGUCAUAAAAAACAUUCCUCUUAGUACCAAAAACAAAGGAGGAAUGGUGCAGAUUUCAUUUGAAGGUAGAUGUUCCUUUGUUUGCUGUUGAAACAACAGCUCUUUUGGCUUUUUGUUAUAUGCAUUGUCCAUUUUCAGUCAGACAUAUAUUUCAAAUGAAUUAGUUUUUUUAAAACAUUUAAUAAAAUACAUUGGCUUUGAAAGAGUCCUGCCCUGGACAGCCUGCUCUUUAUAUAUUUACCUAGACAGGGGUCUCAUUCUCAUCCUAAUGAUAUUUAAUAGUGAAGGAAGUUUUCAAAUUGAUUCAAUAAUAACUUUUAAUAGUUCAAGCAAGGGAAAAAAAAAAAACAUUGUGACUAAUGUGGUUAGUUAUUUAAAUUUGGUUUGUACAAAUGUUGCAGGGAAACCAAAGUCAGGUAAUAAUAUAAAAAGAGACAUUUAGCGUAAAGAAUAAUGUGUUAGAGGGAAUAAUAUAUACAUAAAUGAAUUUCAAGUGUCUCAGGUUUAAUGAUUUGCUUUUUGUCUCUUAUGUUCUCUCUUUCCAUGUUUUGGAGUGGGGGUGUAUUUGACAUAGGCCAUUCAUUCCGCUUAACCUGAGAGCAAUCUUGUGCAUGUGUUGCUUCCUGUGUUUAAAAGCAUUUUAAUCAAUACAGCCUGUUAGCUGUAAGGCUUUGCUGUUCCCUUUGGUUACUUGAAUUACCUGUGUUGUUUUAUUGAAUGUGUGCAUGAGGAGAAACCUUAAGGUUCACCUGCACAGAUGGACUUACCCAUAAACACACAUUGCUAUAAAAUCAUGGUUCUUUACAUUCUACAGUGAAAUUCCACUUCUGAAAAUCUAUCUAGUUCUUUAAUACUUUUAAAGCGCUUCAAAAGUUGAACUAGAUUAACAUACUAGAAGUUGUCUGGGAACAGUUUAAGCAGUAAUAUAUUUAUCCGCAUUUACCUCUCACUGUCUAAACAGAAAUGCAUGUGUAAAUAUUAAGUAAAAUUGACCUUUAUUUGUUAUGGCUAAGAUGAAAUGGUACACGGAACUACUGUGCGCCUCUUUUUUUUUUUCCCACAGUUCAGCCACAUAGAUAAAUUGUUAUAUUUUGGGGAGAGGGAAAGUAAUGCAGUUUGCUCAUGUCUGGAUGAUUCUCUUGUUCACUAUUGUCAUCAGCAGUCUGCGAAGGUUAGUAUUGUUAUAUAAAUUAUUUAUGAAAACAAAGUUACAAUAAAUGUGCCAACAUUUUUGCAAAGGACUGUUGACUUGGUCUCUGUAGAAUAGAGAAACUGUACAGUGAAUAACUCAAAACAUUUAAGGGGAAGAGAUGUUCAAAGAGGAAGCCUCGAGGAAUUACACACCCACAAGUUUUAACGCCUCUUUCCUAACUGCAGCCACUUCUGCAUUCUUACUGAACGUGUGUGUAUUUUCUGGAACUGUGAAGUAGGGCUUCAUUGAUCAAAGGGCCAAAACAAGACAAAAUCGUGAGACAUGCUGAGAUGUGAAAAUUCCUUAAAAUUAGUGGUCUACAAGUAACUAGAACUGUGAAGUAAUGUUGUGAACUGCAUUUAGCUCUACCCUAAAAUGUGGAUUGUGGUACAAGGUCCAUCACUUGACUCCUCUGUUACAGGUUUAAGUCUCACUUCACCACUAUAGGACUGCUGAACAAGGUGCUUACCUGAUUCGCUCCAGUAAAAACAUACUCAGCUAUUUAAAUGGGAAAAUUAUUGUAAGUUGCUUAACAGGAAGCUACUUUGGAGAAAACAGCUCUGCAAUCGGUCCACUGCAUAAAGUUCAGUUAUAAGUGCAAUUUGCAUAAAACACUGUACUGUGCCCAUAUAAAAGGCCAACAGCUUUUCUCUGGUAUCCAAACUUAACUCAUUCCUGAAAUCCGGAAUAACCUGGUGUCCAGAUUCCAAAGAGGCUCUUCCAAUUAUUUCUUAUGGGAAACAUUUCAAUCUGUUCCCAGACAAGGCUACUCAAAACAACCCAGAACACACCAUUCUAAAUGAUCACUUCUAUGUAAUUCUAUUAACACUGUGCAGAUGUAUUCCGUAUGACAUUUUAUCCUUAGUUACUAUUGGUGCACUUUCCUGUGACUUAAGUGCUGUGGUAAAUAAGAU